AUUCCACAUAGGCAAAUGUAAAGUGUUUUUGUUACAAUAUGACCAAAAGUUUUGUCCUUCAGUGGACCUGUUCUUGGAGUGUUUAUUAAGGACAGAGAAAAUGUUUUCAAUGUAUGUAGCCAAGAAAAACUUAGUCUUGAACAUAUGAAAUACCGUUGCCAGAAACUAGCAGUUUGAAAUGAAAACAGUCAACUGUAAAAUAAUAGAAUAAAACAAGAAUAGUUGUUGAAGGUAUGAAAAAUACCAAAAUAUCAAAUGAGGUAAUGUGUCCAGUUGAAGCAGCACAAUACUAAGUACAUAUUAACAAACAUAAUUAGUAUAUGUUAGUUAAUUGAUAAAGUUAUUCAAUAUGUACUGGCGUUUCAUGAAAUGUGAAAUAAAAGGAUCUAAUUUAUAUGAAUCAGGCGAAAAAAAAAAUUUUAUUUGCUGUGAGCAAGGAAAUCUGUCUUUAUCAAAUUUCUUUCAACAAAACCUGUGCUCUUAAAUAAAAUCUUUGGCCAGAGCCAGUCAAUUGGUAAAUUACACAUGCUACUGUGAAUGCAUAAAGCAUUGCCUGUAUUAUUUGUUGUUAUAUUAUAUUUAUAAUUUAAAAUAACCUUUUGGAGUGCCUUCCAAGAUUGUCCCAUAAAAAAACUACUAUACCUGCUUGUCUAAAUAUGUAAAAGGCAAUUACUGUCUAUCUGUCCGUUAUGCACGACCAGACUAUGGAAGCUAGUGCUACCAAAUUUUUACCAUAGACUCCCCUCCCCACCAGGAGGGUUUUAGCCAAAAUCCGAAAUUUGAGGGCCGUUUCUAAGGGAACCUUAACCCUUCUUUUUCAUAUCCCCCCAUUUUUUAUGACUUUCGGAGUUGACAGCAAACUCUUCGAAUUUUUCAUAGCUAAUUUGGUAUGACAGGAUCCCAAGUGAUUAUUUAUUCUGAAAGCGAUUGCAUAAGCCACCCCAUAGGGGUUGUCAUUAUGGACUGCAUGCCCCUUUUUAUCCCGAGCAAUGCCGGGUACAGCAGCUAGCAUCUUAUAAAUGACUCCAUCAUUGCUUUCCGGACUAUUACGAAUAAAAGUUUUACCAAUGGUGCCAGGAUAUGAUAAAGUUGCACUAAAACCAAGCAACUACAGGGGUAGACUAUAGGCUCUAAUGUGGUAUGGUAUGAGAAAGAUAUAAAAUCCACUUUUCUGUUUUUCUCCUUAAAUGAGUAAAAUGUUUUUCUUGCUAACGUUAGACUAUAGUCAGUAUCUUCUAAUUUAAAGUUAUUUUUAAUACCAACUUGGUAUAUAAAUUCUAAUUCCUCAUUGAUAAAUUCUCGACUGCAGGUAUUAAGAGGUCUAAGAAAAAAUGAUCUUGAUCUGAGAGAUUUACAUCUACCUUGUAAGAGGAGUAAUAACAUAUUUUUGGGUCCAAGAUUAACGGUAUCAUAUAUAUAAUUUAUUUUUAAUGUUGUGGAUUCUUAUAGCUGCCUCAUCAGGCUGUUUUUACUCAAGUUUGACAAAAAACAUAUUCCGCAUACGGAGGAUUGGAUUUCCUUCACAAGAAUGCGCAGUGUGUCUGGAGUUUGAUAUCUGGUUAUACAAGUUUUCUCAGUCACACAGAUGAAGGCUAAUGUGUCCUCUUGUUAACUAACUUGAUAUAAAUACAUGAAUGAUUGGGAAAAUGUAGUUAUGAUAAAGUUAUAUUUUCCUUUUACUCGGUAUAAAAUUUAAGGGGCAAUUUGUUCAGUAAAAAGCCAUAUAUUUUUUUAUUAUUAAUUGUUGAUUAAUAGCUGUAUGUGUAUUCAAGAUCUUUGUGUACUGCUGCUGUGUUUUUGGUUUGUGUUGGAUUGAAUCUUUCUCAGUGACAUUUUAACGUUCACAGCAGCACUUGUUACAAAUGCUUUUCUUCCCAUUGUUUCAUUUAAAACCAAUCCAGUUUGCUUGAGACUAGUGACGGAACUGAGCUUGACGUUCUUUGCAUAGGUUGUGAAAGACGCUGGACCUGAGGACAUGAGAGAUUUGCUGCAGACCUAUCAGUACAAUUCAGAAGAAGGACCUUUGUGGUGUGCGCGACUGUUAUCAGGAGAAAUGGAUGAUCCCUUAGCCUUAGAUAAAGAACUUCCCUACAAUUCUCACGUGUUCAUAGGAAUGCACCACGGCAUCACUGAUGGGUUUACCAUGAUGAAAGUCUGUGAAGGUUUCAUCAGGAUCCUCAAUGACGUCAUAGAUAACAAAUCCGUUUGUGACAAGGAACAGAUCGGGUAUUUUGUUCCUGAUUCGGAAACAGAAAAACUAGUGUCUGCCAAGAUGUCUGCCAUUCAAAACGAUCCAACUCUAAAGCAGGAUCUCAUUUCAAGAGCAGAGGAUAAAGGCAUUGGAAUGCCUCUGCUUUUGAAAGUUGAACCUCCUCCUGAAGGAGAAGACAAGACAUGCAACAUAACGCACGUCCUGGACAAAGCUACAACAAAAAGGUUUAUUGACAAAUGCAGGGCUGAAGGAGUUUCCUUUCAUUCAGGUUUUGCAGCCCUUGCCAAUGUCGCCAUUGUAUCUUUCUUGGCGGAGAACCAAUACAUCAAAGAUGUUUAUCGGAUGUGUAAUGGCCACCUCAUCAACUUGAGACGAUACUGGCCAGCUGAAUGUUCCGAUUCUCUGGGGUGUCAUAUCCUUCCUCCGCUGAAUUUGUGGGUAGAGGUACCCAAAGAUUUCCCUGUGAAGUUUUGGGACUUUGCUCGUACUCUCCACCGAGAUCUUCACCAUCACGUCAAGAAGGAAUAUAUUUUCCUGCUAGAAGCUUACAUGAAAUUAACCAGUGACAAAGGUCCAGAUUAUGAUGAUUCAUACAAUUCCUCUACCCCAAUGCAAAUCGAUUGUACUUUUUCUAAUUUAGGAGCACGUGACACCCCAAUAUUUCUUUGA